CUCACUUUCCACUUUCUUUCUCUCUUUCUUUCUUUCUUUCUUUCCUUUUUCUUUUUCUUUUUUCUUUUUGCCUAAACCCAAAAUGGCGAUCACAAAGACAACCAAAAGCCCACAAACGGCGGUGCUGAAACACCUACUGAAACGCUGCUCCAGCUUAGGCAGAAAUAAGACCCAUUACGACCAACCUGGUCUCCCUUUCGACGUCCCCAAAGGCCAUUUUGUUGUCUACGUUGGUCAACACCGAACAAGACACAUUGUCCCCAUCAAAUUUCUCGACCAUCCUCCCUUCCAAAUCUUGCUCCAACAAGCCGCUGAAGAAUUUGGGUUCGAUCAUGACAGAGGCCUCACUAUUCCUUGCGAUGAACAAGUCUUUCUAGCCUUAACUUCUUCCCUUCUUACUCAACUUUAAAUUCACAUAUAUAUAUAUAUAUAUAUAUAUAACUUAGUAGUUAGUGUUUCUUUUUUCUUUUUCUUUUUUGUUAUUCUGGCUUAAAUGAUGAAGCUGCUGCACUUGCUUCUCUGCCAUAUAAUACUUUGAAAUUGAAUCUGAAGAAAGGAAGAAGAAAAAGCCACGACUCCCAAUGAAGCAAAAAAUUUGGGGAAAUGGAAAAUUUGACUAAUGACAGUAAAAGAGUGGAAAUGGGGUUGUUUGUUUGUUUGUUAUUGUGAAUGUGAAUUUCUCUGUCUUUUAAUCCACUAAUUUAGUCACUGAUUUUAAGGGUUUUGUCUA